UUUUUAAAUCACAAUUUAUAAUAAUGGGAAUCUGUCAAACUUCAUCAAUAAAAUCAGAAAAAAAGGAAAAUAAUAAAAGGAAUGUAGACGGAUAAUAAAAAUAAAAUAUGAAUCAUAUAAAUAAGUCCUAAACUGUUAGAAUGUUUGACUACAAUACUAAUAAAAUUGUGGAAGUACCAGUUUUAGUACCAGCAACUUAAAAUUCAUUGUAUUCUAAAAGAUAGACUCAUAGUCCUAAUAGUAAUCCAAAUUCUAGACAAUUACUGACCUUAUCUUAAUGAUUAUAUUAUCUUGUUAUAGUAUUAAAUUUUACUGAAUUAUUUCUAAAAGUAAUAUUUUAGAUGUGAAAAGUAAUAAAGGAUGUUAAAUCAGUG